AUGCAAACACAACCUUCGAGGUCAAUUAGUUCUGAUCAGUUCCAAACUUCUCACGCUCGCUGGCGUGCCCUCACACACCGCACCCCCUCCUCCCACUCCGCAUUCCUCUACGGUGUCAAAUCUACCAAGAUCUACUGCCGCCCGACCUGUCCUGCACGCCUUGCUCGAAGAGCCAAUGUUGUGUUUUAUGACACAGAAGAUCAAGCGCGACGCGAUGGCCACCGACCAUGCAAGAGAUGUCAACCGGAUAACGCGAGCUUUGUUGGAGAGAGGGAGGAGGUUGUCACAAGAGUUCUAGCGCUUUUACGGAUCAAGCAGGAUGAUCAAGAUACGAUAGUGAGACGAGGCUUGAAGGAGUUAGCACAAGAAGUCGGUGUAACGCCGAGUUAUCUUUGUCGCGUGUUUAAGAGAACGAUGGGACUUACGCUAGGAGCGUAUAUGGUAGAGUUUGAGAGGGAGGUAAGCGAUGGCAAGACAGAAAGCUCAGUUCAAUCUCCCAGCACUGUUGCAUCUGGUGUGGGCGAUGCGGGGUCGGGACUUUUGACACCAGCAACAACGGCAGGGAGCCCCAUGGCCCCUGUCGAGGGUCCAAAGGACGAAUUGGGGGAGCAGCGAGUGGAAAAUAUUGCAGACGCUCUAGACUUGAACUUUGAUUUUGAUGAGUGGUUCUGGACUGGUGGUUUCGUUCAAGAAGAUUUCUGGAACGAAGAUGCCCUGAAUGAUGGUUUGAACGCAGACAUUUUGAACGAUAGAUGGGAUAUUUAA